UUAUUCAAAAGGAAUCUGCAUUGAGGUAUCCAUCGUUGAUUCAUGGUUUCUAUCGAACUUAGCAGAUCUGCAACUCAUAAUGGAAACAGAUUCUCAAAAAGUAGUGUUGGGGAAAUCAAUAAUAGUACCAAGUGUUAGCGAGUUGGUCAAAGAAUCCAUAACCAAAGUUCCUCCUCGGUAUGUGUACCAUGAGCAGGAUCCUCCAACGGCCGCUGCCGGCGAGAUCUGGCUUCAAGCGAUUCCGGUCAUCGAUCUUCAUGGCUUGCUUCAUGGGGACUCCAUGGAUUCUGAGUUGGAGAGGCUUCACGCAGCUUGCAAGUAUUGGGGUUUUUUCCAGGUUGUGAACCAUGGAGUGAGUAGUUCAUUGUUGGAGGAAUUCAAAGGGGAGGUUCAAGAUUUCUUUGAACUUCCACUCGAAGAAAAGAAGAAGCUUUGGCAGCAGCCAGAUAACCAUCAGGGAUUUGGGCAACUCUUUGUGGUGUCAGAGGAGCAGAGGCUUGAUUGGUCAGACGUCUUCUAUCUGACUACCCUCCCAUCGAAUCUAAGGAAGAGUGACAUAUUUCAAAAGCUCCCACAAAAGCUCAGAGGAUCUUUAGAAGCUUACUGCAUAGAAAUGAAAAGGUUAGCCAUGACCCUCUUAAGUCAAAUGGCUAAAGCUUUAAAGAUGGAGGCUGAGGAGAUAAGAGACAUGUUCACUGAUGGGUUUCAAUCAAUGAGAAUGAACUACUAUCCUCCAUGCCCUGAACCAGAUAUGACCAUUGGGUUGACUCCUCACUCUGAUGCUGGUGCUCUAACAAUUCUCCUUCAGCUGGACGACACCGACGGCCUCCAAAUUCAGAAAGAAGGGAGAUGGGUCCCUGUUAAACCACUUCCAAAUGCAUUUGUUAUCAACGUUGGAGACAUUAUGGAGAUUGUGAGUAAUGGUGUUUACCAUAGCAUUGAGCAUAGGGUAAUGGUGAACUCUACGAAGGAGAGGCUCUCUGUUGCAACAUCUAAUAGUUCUAAUAUAAACUCAGAAUUAGGCCCUGCACCUAGCCUUAUUAGCCCACAAAACCCAGCAAAGUUUCAGCGGGUUCGAACAGAGAAAUAUUACAAGGACUUCUUUGCUCGGAAACUAGAUGGCAAGUCACACCUCAAGUUCCUGAAAAUAGAUCAAGAUGGAGGCCAUACAAGUUGAGUUAGCAUGUAAUCAUGGAUGCAAGGCGCUGCCACACUGCCUGAAGUGUCCCUUAUAAAGGUAAAUUGCAAUGACGAUUAGGCAUUUAUGUUACAAUUUGGAACACGCAUUCAAGAAUCGACAUGGAGAGCUCCACAAAGGUGCAAACUAUAUUUAUACCAAGCCAUGAAUUGAGCAUUCUGGUGUGGUUGAGGCAUCGGAAUGUAACAGUAACCUCUAUGUUUUGUUUGGUUAUGUUAUCGUAUCUCUUUUGGUUUACAGCUAGCCCAAAUGUGCCUGCAAACUUGGUUGUCAAGGAUACAAAAAACCCAACAAGCAUGAUGAAGAUGAUGUUUUUCAGAGGAAACCACUAAAAUAUAUGCACCGUAAUGUAUAAAAUUUUGUGACUGAAGUAUAUCUGUUGGAAACGUGCCUUAGGUUGCUACA